AGAAAGCGAGAACAAACAGAGCAGAAACACUUCACCCUAGUUUUAUUCAGACCAAUAUUUUACCAUUUUGAAGCCUGUAGGGCAUGAAGUUCGCAAGGACGUUCAGGGAAACAAAUUAUAACUGGAAAUAGAGCUGCUAAUGUGUUCAUGUAGAAGCAUGCACGCGCGGCUGAGGUUGCAUAUUUCAUCUCGCGAUGCAUGAACGCAGUCUGACCGCUGUGACAGAGUCAUGAUGGCCGCCGUACGUAGGGCUUUAUUUCUCCGAAACAAGUUCACCGCUUCCCUCAAUUCUUUAAACGUUUGCAUCAACAACCGAUUUUCAUUCAAGGAAAGAUCUCUUCUGAAGCGUUUCGGGACUGGACUGUGUAUUACUCUCGGCGGAUUCGCUGUUUACUACCAAUACAAUUCAACCUGGCGACGGGAAAACAAAGCUGGUCGACUGCGCGCACGGAUUUCUCCGCUUCCAGCUGUUCUUGCAAAAGAGGAGGUCACUGCAUCCGCUGAAGAUGAAGAAGUGCACAUGUCCGCCCAUAAACACAGAUUCAGACUCUUCAGCUCACUGGAGUUUGAUGGACAGCUCUACAUGACCCCGCUUGAUUUUAUUGAGUCCAUCUCCAUGAGUGAACCAAAGAAAAAGAGAUUUUGGAGAUCUCUUACAAAACAGGAUCUAGACAAGAUACUGGCUGACACUCCACCUGUUUGGAAAGGAUCUUCAAGUUUUUUCAGAAACCUCCGGGAAAAAGGCAUCAUCGCUUACACCGAGUAUCUGUUUCUGCUUUGCAUUUUGACAAAGCCACAUGCAGGUUUCAAAAUAGCUUUCAACAUGUUUGAUGCAGAUGGCAAUAAAAUGGUGGAUAAGAGGGAAUUUAUGGUGCUUGAGGAAAUAUUUCGAAAGAAAAACGAAAAGAAAAAAGAGCGAGGAGGAGAUCCUGAAAAUUCAUCUCAACUGAGUGUGGAACUGUACGGAUAUCAAGGUUCCGUCAGCAGUAACGUGCUUAAAAAAGACCGGCCUCAGUCUGAACCCAGACAUUUCUGGGAUGUUCUGAGGCAGGGUGCAAGAAUAGUUCUCUUUUCAGAUCUGACAGAGCACCAACCAGAAAAUGCCACCGAAACAACUCUGCUAGUGCAUUUCUUUGGAAGAAAGGGCAAACGAGAACUUAACUUUGAUGAAUUCUACAGAUUCAUGGACAACCUGCAGACAGAGGUCCUUGAGAUUGAGUUCCUUAGCUAUUCCAAGGGAAUGACCACAAUUAGCGAAGAGGACUUUGCACGUAUCCUGCUACGUUACACUGUGGUGGAGAACAUUACCGGCUACCUUGAGAAUGUGCGUCACAGCAUACCAGACGAGAAGGGUAUCAGUUUUGAAGAGUUUAGGUCCUUCUUUCAGUUCCUUAACAACUUAGAGGAUUUUACCAUUGCCAUGCAGAUGUACAACUAUGCAAAUCGCCCAAUUGGACAAGAUGAGUUUGGCCGUGCAGUUUAUGUGGCCACCGGACUGAAGCUCUCACGUCAUCUUGUCAACACUGUGUUUAAGAUCUUUGACGUGGACCACGAUGACCAUCUCAGCUACAAGGAGUUCAUUGGGAUUAUGAAAGACCGGCUGCACCGUGGCUCCUUGGGAUACAAAGGUGAAGAGACGUUCACAUCCUUUAAAGCCUGUAUGAAGAAGGAACUCAUGGGCAAAUAGGAGAAGUCGUCCGUGUUUCUCUCUCACUUUUUCAUCACAGUAAAGAAAUCUCAAGCUGGAUUAAAGCUCUCAGUGACCUAAUGCUAUUAUCUACCAGACCUGUGUCCAAUUAGAUUAACACAUGCUACCUCUAUGACCUGUAGUUACUCUUAUCAAUUGUCAGGAAUUUUUAAACUCCUUAAAAGCCAUGAACUAAAGGGUAUACCACUUCUACGAAACCGCCAUUCGAGUUUUAUGAAUUAAAAAAGUUAUUUAUGAAAGGUUUUACAAAUGGGUCCUGCAUACAUCUUUGGAUAAAUGAUGCCGUUUUUAUCGCCAUUAAAUUGUACUUUAAAAAGAACUUUUUUUUACUUUAAACUGUUUAUUUUAUAAUGCUUCUUGAAAAUAGAAUGUGGUUCGUUCUGAUAUAGUAAGUUAUAUUUAUUCUAUAUAUUUAUCUAUAAAUGAUGUACAGAAAACGUUCUGUUUGGGUUUAAUGAAGAAAGUCUGUAUCUUUCCCUACUUUGCUGCUGCACACAUUUGUUUCUCUAGGAAUUAUAAACCAGAUAAUCUUUCCUUACAAUGAGCACAUUGCUAACAUAGUUUCUCUCAACAUGUCCAUCGCCCACCAACCAGAUCAGCUUACACAGGGUCUGAUGGCGAUGAAUGCACAAUAAUUGAUUCCUCUGUAAUCUCACAAUGUGCUACACGUACACAUCUCUUUCUGUGAGCCUCUUACAACGGCACUGCUUGAAGGAACAUCUUGCAAAGCCUAAAUAACAAGCACACAUAGCGCUCAGUGCAGCAGAACACUAACUAUCUGAAAGGAAUGAUAUAUCACGUUUGCCUUAUACAGAAUGUUGACCAUAUUUUAGAUUUAUUCUUAUUAUAUUCUAUAUUAUUAUUGAAAGAAGUUAGGCUAAACAUAUUACAGUGUGUACUCUCAGAUCACCAUUGUCUGCAUAAAAAGUCUUUUGCAUAGUGUUAACAUGAUGAAUUAUUUAAGUUCACAAUAAAAAAAAUUGCAGUGGG